UUUUGUUUCCCUUCUCAACUAGAAAAAGCAAUCAUAUUAUGGACAAUUGGGCUGUAGACCAAUUAAGUGUCUUUUUAGGCUUUGAUCCCGAAACAUUAAAGUCUCAAGUACUUCCUUAUUUAUUCAGUUUUGAUAAUCCUACUUCCUUAAGUGAACACCUUCAGGAAAUGUUAGGAACUAGUAAUGAUACCCUAGACUUUAUUCACAAAUUUGUCCAACAACAAUUUCCAUCCUCACGAUCAAACCAAUCAACUAACAACAAACCAUCCAUUAACAAAUCGACAAGCACUGAAACAACAUAUUCAAGUAACCAAAACCAAAACAACACCUCUUCUUCUUCUUCAUCAUCUCAAUUCCCUUCGUUACCACCCAAUACGAUGGAACCCACUUCCUGGCCAAGCAAUAUGACAGUAUAUAUGAAAGAAUCCAAUGUGAAAUCGAAAACCAAAAAACAAUCAAAGUCUUCCAAUGGUAGUUUGGUAUCAGAUCGAUUAGAAAAGAAAAAGAGCAAAAGCAACAAUAAUAUGACAUUGGAAUCAGCACUCAAGGAAUUGGAUAUCAAUGUGAAACAAGGUGGUAAAAGAAAAGUGUGUCAAUGUCAAGCUACCAAACAUGAUUUAUUGACCAUCGCACCCAAUUGUUUAAACUGUGGAAAAAUCAUUUGUGUAUUAGAAGGUAUUGGACCCUGUAGUUUCUGUGGUACACCUGUAUUAUCAAAAGAACAACAAGUAUCAUUGAUAGCAGAAGCCAAGAAAAAACGAUCAGAACAAAAACAAAAGCAACAUCAACAAUUACAACAACAAAGAAAAGCGGCCAAAGCAACUACUCAAGCUGUAGGUUAUGCAUCAAAAGUCAGUGGCGAUGUAGUAUCAAGAUUUAUAUUUGAUCAACAAAUGGAAGAUGAACAUCGACAACGUGCGGAAUUACACAAGGAAAAGUUACUUGAAUUUCAACGAACAAGUGCUCAACGGAGUACAGUUAUUGAUCAAGCAACAGAUUUUACCCUUCCAACUGAUCAAUCUAAUCCUUGGUUAACAGCGGAAGAAAGAGCUAUGCAAUUGAAGAAACAACAAGCCAACAUGAAGAAAUUGGAUGGAAGAAUGAAUCAAAGAAGAGUACUUACUAUUGAUAUUGGAAAAAGACAAGCUAAAGUAGAUAAUGUAGUGGACGAAUCAUCAAGUGAUGAGGAACAAAUACAAACAAAAACAACAACAACAACUUCAUCAGGAACAUUUGCUAAUAAUCCAUUACUGAAAGGUAUUCAAGGACCUCAAUUUCGUGGAUCAGGGAAAAAAGGUCAACACAAACAACAAGAAAGAAAAUCAAGGAUACAAUUUGAUGAUAAUAGUAUAGAAUAAGUAUAGAUUUAUUGAAAUAAAUAAAACUGUCAAAGAUGUCACAUGUUGGAUUUAGGUGAUACAACAAG